UGAGGACUCAUUUCCCUGGUCUCCAACCAAACAGAAGCAUUGGUGGCUCAGUGCUUGAGAAAAAUCAAGGCAGAGCCCUGGAGAUGUGUCACUGAUAUUGGUUAUCGUGCGUCCUUCUUUAUCCUGGGAUCACAGACUGCUCUGUCCCAGCCUGGAGGUGGCAGAGGGAUUUCCCUUCACUAUAGAGACCCCACAGCUGAACCCUGUGAUGGAGCCCCUCUCCUGGAUGCUGGGCACCUGGCUCUCAGACCCGCCAGGCGACGGCACCUUCCCCACCAUGAAGCCAUUCCAGUACCUGGAAGAAGUGCACAUCUCUCACGUGGGACAGCCUAUGCUCAACUUCUCAUUCAAUGCCUUCCAUCCGGACACCAGGAAACCAAUGCACCGAGAAUGUGGAUUCAUCCGCCUCAAACCUGACACUAAUAAGGUGGCCUUCAUCAGCGCCCAGAACACAGGUCUUGUGGAGGUGGAGGAAGGGGAGGUGAAUGGUCAAGAGCUGUCGAUAGCUUCUCACUCCAUAGCCAGGAUCUCCUUUGCCAAGAAGCCCCAUGUAGAGCAGAUUACCAGAAAAUUCCGUCUCAAUUCCGAUGGGAAGCUAGAACAAACAGUCUCCAUGGCGACCACUACUCAGCCCAUGACACAGCACCUCCACAUCACCUACAAGAAGGUGACACCCUGAUGCCAGGAGGGCCAGGGUGAGGAGCUGGGCAAUGUGCCCCGGGAGCAGCAGUGGCUCGGGGAUGUGGGAUGGUGAAGGCUGGAGCCGGGUACCUGCGCUCAGCCCCGGCCGUGCAGAGCUGCCCGUGCUGGUGAGAAUGUUAGCGGAUGUUCCUGUAAUGGUAUAUAUAAAAAAAUAAUAAUAAUAAUAAAAGCUUUUAUUUUUAUGGC